CAACAUAACCAUAACCUCAAAUGAGUAAAUAGCAGCUGUUUUUUGAUAGUUGUUGUGUUGACGGCAAUGCCCGAGAUGCACAACAUAACUAAAUUUUAAGUAACUUUCAACAAUAAUGUAACUAUUUUCGCAAAAAACCACCUUCUAAAUUCUCAGUGUAUACAAAAUAAAAUGAGCAGUAACAUGUGUAAUUCACUUAGCAGUACAGAGAGCUUAGGGGGGCCAGGGUGCCCCCCUGAAACAGAAAUCUCCAAUCGGAUCUUCUCUGUGGACAGCACUGAGGAAUUAAAGCCCCUUAGUCCUUUAAAGACCGCUAAAAUAUGGAUCUGUGAAGCCAUGGAUGAGUAUGAUGGGCUGGAUGACGAUUUGGAAGCAGUAAAUAUAGCAAAUUUUUUUCAUCGGGUAGACAGUAACCAAAUCAUAUAUCAAGCCUCAAAGAAGAAGUUUAAAAUGAUUGGAAAGUAUGUAAUGGGGGAUAUGUUAGGGGAGGGUUCUUAUGGGAAAGUAAAAGAAAUGUUGGAUACCGAGUCAUUAACUAGGAGAGCUGUUAAGAUAUUUAAGACCAAAAAGCUCCGGAGGAUACCAAAUGGAUUACAAAACGUUCAAAACCCUUGUGCCAAGGAGACAUUCAUAAGAGAAAUCCAACUUCUAAGAAAACUGCGUCACAAAAACAUUAUACGGGUGCUGGAGGAGUUUGAAGUGGAGGAGAAAAACAAAUUAUAUGUAAUUAUGGAGUUUUGCGUUGGCUCAUUACAAGCAAUGCUGGACUCUGUACCUGGCAAAAAACUGCCACCAAGACAAGGGCAUGGAUAUUUUCUGCAACUUGUCGAUGGGCUAGAGUACCUCCACUCAAACAGGGUGGUGCAUAAAGAUAUAAAACCUGGAAAUUUGUUGUUUACACUGGAUGAAGUCAUGAAAAUAUCUGAUUUUGGGGUGGCUGAGAUUAUUGAUACGUUUGCUCCAGACGACACUUGUUAUACAGGCCAAGGUUCACCGGCGUUUCAGCCCCCAGAGAUCGCAAGCGGCAAGGAGAGUUUCCCCGGAUUUAAAGUGGAUGUUUGGAGUGCAGGAGUCACUUUAUUUAAUAUCAUGACGGGCAAAUACCCCUUCGAAGGUGACAAUAUUUACAAAUUAUUUGAAAAUAUUAGCAAAGGAGAGUUCACGGUCCCACAAGAACUUGACGACUGCCUGCAAGAUCUACUUUUGGGGAUGCUCAGGAAAAAUCCGGUUGAACGGUUCAGUUUGCAACAAGUCAGACACCAUCCGUACUUACAUAGAAAACCACCUUUAAACGCGUAUCCUAGGGUUUCUCUUCCGGUUCAGAAACGUAACGGAAAUAACGACAUGACAGUAUUACCGUACCUGUUUAAUCACUAUUAUGCUAGUUUUGACGACAGUGAUUCUUUAUUGAAUAAUUCCAGCUUCGGUUUGGAUUCCACACCAGAGUACUUAACGGAACGGGAACUUAAUGCCUCUGCGGAAACCGAGAAAUGCACCCCCGAGCAAGCGAAUGGGAAUGCUCAGGCCGAUCAAACUUGCACGAAAAAAGCCAAUCGGAAAAAGAGACCAAUCACAUGCUUAGCAGUUAAGAACCUUUCUAUGUGUAAACAAUCGUGACGUGGAAGAAUUGGAAUUUCGAAGAUUUCUGAUUAUGAGAAACAUCGGUCUAAGGCAUGACACAAUUAGACUUAAACAUUUACAUAGAGCGGAAGCAUUACAUACAGCAGAAUCACAUUUCUUUACACAGAAGUGACCCAAACAUGAAAAGUUUUAGAUGAUUCUUUCUUGGGUAAAGAAACUAAGGGGUCUUUAUAUUUUUAAACGCAUGUCAAUCAAGAUUUUACAUUUUAAAGAGUAUCGCAUGUAUUAAUUAAUUUUAGGUUAAGUUUUAUUAUGAGAGUCGGGUUUUUUUAGGUUUGGUUUAGAUACAGGUUGGUCUAAAAGUAAUGGAAUGAUACACGGUCAGGCUUUGAUUGAUUUUUAUAUGCGAAAACCAUUUUACUGCUCAAAAUACCAAAAAAAUAGAAAAAAAAGUUUUUCUGUUUUGGCUGUUUAGAAAAACUUACUUUUUAAAAUGCAACAAAGAAAUAUAUGUAUACGGAUUGUUUUACUUUAUACCUCUUUAUUUUACAUAUUUUAUUAUAUAUAUAUAUAUUUUAAAUUCUAUUUUUACAACUUUAUACACUUACUUUUUACUCUGGGUUGCAUUACUUUUGGACUCCUGUUAUAUUUGUCUAUUAAGAAUUAAAAUUUCAAAAAUAAGGUAACCCUAAAAAUCGUAUUUUAUUGUUGAUUUCUUUAUAUGAAUUUAUACUAUAUAUUUUUGUUAACUGUAAAUCUAUUGUAUAAAAUUAUGUAAUAACUUUAUUAUUGAGGAGGAAUUUAUUACACUUGGGCGCUUUUUUUGUAUAUUUUUAUUGUUUUAGCAGUGCCAUAUACUUUAUACAUAUAUUUGUGAAAUAAAUAUUGUCUUUUGAGUAACUGAA